AGCGCGCCAGCCGGGGAGAGUGGGGGGCGAUGGCGAAGCUCAGGGUGGCUUACGAGUACACGGAAGCCGAAGACAAGAGCAUCCGGCUCGGCUUGUUCCUCAUCAUCUCCGGCGUCGUGUCGCUCUUCAUCUUCGGCUUCUGCUGGCUCAGUCCCGCGCUGCAGGAUCUGCAAGCCACGGCGGCCAACUGCACGGUGCUGUCGGUGCAGCAGAUCGGCGAGGUGUUCGAGUGCACCUUCACCUGUGGCACCGACUGCAGGGGCACCUCGCAGUACCCCUGCGUCCAGGUAUACGUGAACAACUCCGAGUCCAACUCCAGGGCGCUGCUACACAGCGAUCAGCACCAGCUCCUGACCAACCCCAAGUGCUCCUAUAUCCCGCCCUGUAAGAGAGAAAACCAGAAGAACUUGGAAAGUGUCAUGAACUGGCAACAGUACUGGAAAGAUGAGAUCGGUUCCCAGCCAUUUACUUGUUAUUUUAAUCAACAUCAAAGACCAGAGGACGUUCUCCUACACCGCACGCACGAUGAGAUUGUCCUGCUGCACUGCUUCCUCUGGCCAGUGGUGACGUUCGUGGUGGGCGUUCUCAUUGUGGUCCUGACCAUCUGUGCCAAGAGCCUGGCGGUCAAGGCAGAAGCCAUGAAGAAGCGCAAGUUCUCCUAAUGCUGGAGGAGGAUUGUGGGGAAGCCAAGCGCAGAGGCUGCCCUGUCAGCAGCACUCGCCUGCCCUGCAGAGCCCACAUUUGGUGGCGCAGGAGAUGGAAGGGGCCACAGCAGGCCUCCACGAGGCCCCUUCUUCAGUGGCAUCAGAAACAGGCACGGAUGGAAGACUCGGGAACUCAUCGCCUGCCUUCCGCGGGCUGUAGCAAUGGCUAACGGGUCAAGCUCUUCUUAGCUAUACGGAGUGACUAACUGUUGGGAAAACCCUCUGAGAAGUUGGUUUUCUUUGGAAAAGUAACCGUAUCUUAUUUGUAUAGUGUAGUAUACAAACCAUUAUGAUUUCUGCUACUUACAGAUAUUAAAAUACAGUGCUCUCUG